GUUGAACAGUUACACUUUGAAUAUUGCAGUUUGGAGAGGGCCCUUGAUUGAUUUUAGCCAAGGAAUACAGUUCCUCAUCAAGCUUACCGCUUUUUUCCAUGGAUUCUGAACAGCUCCUCCAGUGUCCCUAUGACAAGAGCCACCAAAUCAGACCCUGCAGAUUCCCCUACCAUUUGGUGAAGUGCAGAGAGAACAAUAAGAAGAUUGCCAAGGAAUUAGCAACAUGCCCUUACAAUGCCCGUCACAGAGUCCCAAGGCAAGAGCUCAGUUUGCACAUGUCUAGCUGUGAAAAUAAAGUGUCUCAGGAGUUAGAGGGAGUGGCCUAUGGUUCUACAAACAGAGCUAGAGAAGUCAUUGCCUUUCAGUGUCCCCCAUCACAGGAAGAUUGGGAAGCAGAUGCUGAUGAGUCUCCUGCUCCUCCUUUUGUGUUUGGAACCAGCCACCUAUCUCAGGGGAACCAGAAUACCAGCUAUUCUUUUUACAAAGGAUCUAAGUGAGGAUUUACCAGAAGUGACAACAGCCUUAACCUUUUCAAGAACCUAAAUGGUUUUCAAUAAUCCUGAACCUCUUGUUAACCCAGAACCCGAUUUGAAAGACUUCCAUCUGUUUUUUAAUAAGUAAACUCCUGUUUGUGUGUUUUAAAAUCAAUAAACUAUU